CCCUGACUGGCAGAUGGGGUGGGAGCCGGCCUGGAGGGGGGCUCAGAGCCAGUAAGCAGGACGCCGGGGACCAGGCACGGUGGGGAACCUGGGCCCCUUGGGUCCCGGGGAGGAAUCCCGCAGGGGCUGGGGGGCUUGGGGCUGCUGCUUUGUCUCUCCGUCCUGAGCCUUAUGUAAGACUUUUUCUCGGGAAACAGGAAGUCCUGCUUGCCAAGUUCAGCACAGGGAGUAGUGAGGCCUCAUUCCAACACACCCGGCCUGGCUUUAACCCCAGCACUCGGCCAGCUUCUUGCUUCUGGUUCUCCUCUCCACCGACCCCCGCCCCUCUUUUCCUGCCCUCAGUCACCCCUGGAGCUUCCCCCGUAAUCGUGCCCAUGCCUGAGCCGGGGGGUCUUCCACCCUCACCCCCCGACCCUUGACACUGGCCAGCUUAUCCCCCCAUCCCUGCUCCUGGCACCAUGCCCCAGAGCCAACCAACCUUCCCUCCCCCAACUCUGGGGCCGCCCCUGGGUUCCUGCGCUCUGGCCGCUCCUCCUGGGUGUCACUGGCAGCCCUGUUCUUCCUAGAGAGACUGGCACCAAAUUCUCCUGAGGCUGGGGGCUUCUCAGGACGACACUUGCCCCGCAGCGGGGUGCCGGGAGCACCAACAGUACCCCUAGCUCGCUUUCCUCCUCCCUCCUUUUUAUUCUCAAGUUCCUUUUUAUUUCUUCCUUGCGUAACGCCCUUCUUCCCUUCUGCACCACUGCCUGCACCCCCACCCUCCCGCCAACUCUGUCACCCCACUCCUGAGGCCAUAGCUGUUGGCAGGGUCCCGGGCUCAUGCCAGCCUCAUCUUCUUUCUUGCUAGCCCCCAAAGGGCCGCAGGGCGACAUGGGGGGCCCGGUCCGAGAGCCGGCACUCUCAGUCGCUCUCUGGUUGAGUUGGGGGGCGGCCCUGGGGGCUGUGGCUUGUGCCAUGGCUCUGCUGGUCCAACAAACAGAGCUGCAAAGCCUGAGGAAAGAGGUGAGCCGGCUGCAGAGGAGUGGCGGGCCCUCCCAGAAGGGGCACGAGUACCCCUGGCAGAGCUUCUGGGAGCAGAGCCCCGAUGCCCUGGAAGCCUGGGUGAAUGGGGAGAGACCCCGGAGAAGGAGAGCACUGCCCACCCAGAAACAGAAGAAGGACUCUGAUGUCACAGAGGUGAUGUGGCAGCCAGCUCUUCGGCGUGGCAGAGGCCUGGAGGCCCAAGGAUACGUUGUGCGAGUCUGGGACACUGGAGUUUAUCUGCUGUACAGCCAGGUCCUGUUUCAUGAUGUGACUUUCACCAUGGGUCAGGUGGUCUCCCGGGAGGGUCAGGGAAGACAGGAGACUCUAUUCCGAUGUGUAUGCAGUAUGCCCUCUGACCCGGAUCGGGCCUACAACAGCUGCUACAGUGCAGGUGUCUUCCAUUUACACCAAGGAGAUAUUCUGAGUGUCGUAAUUCCCCGGGCAAGGGCAAAAUUCAGCCUCUCCCCACAUGGCACCUUCCUGGGGUUUGUGAAACUGUGAUUGUGUGUUAUCGAACGUGGUUCUGAGCUUGGAAGACCAGCGUGGUACCUAUCGGAUACAGCCAGGAGCCGACUAGACAAAAGGACAGUGCAUGGGCAAGGGGCUGAGACCGCUUCUGGGGUUUGACUCGAGUCUCUGUUCCUCCCUCUUCCCUCUCCACUCCCAGUGCCCCAGCCUUUGACGUAGUGGACAUUAAAGAGCUAGAAUGUCUUGCUUUUAGCCCCCACCCAAAUUCUUGUGUGCGUCUGUGGUGGCGGGGGCCGUGCCAGGCAUGGUGUAGACCUGCCACCUUCGGGUCCGCUGGAACGCAUCCAGGACAGCACCACCAUCUAGUGGCAGCUGGAGGGACUCGCUCUGCCUCCUGGCAGCAGGCCACGGAGCCGCCCUCCGCUCGGGGAAAACCCCGGUUCCCUCUGCCUCUUCACUCCACCAGACGCCGCCGGCUCACUUCCUUCUCUCCGUCUGCUGCGCGCGCUUCCACCGCCAUCCUACGGGUCUCGCUAUCACGCGCCCGUCUGCGGCGGGGGCCCGACAACGACGACGGGCUCUGUGCGGGACCCACGUUUUGCCUUUCACGCUCUCCAUUCGCGUGGCGUGGCAGGCACUCACCCGAGGCCUCUCCGGGCUGGGACUGGCCCCCGGCAGCCUUGGCUAAAUCGUACGCCCCCGCGCGGGUCCUGCCUCCCUCCUCUGAGCUCGCUCUUCGGCUCAAGCCCUGCCUAAAGUUGAAUAAAUUGAAUGAAUGAAGGGA